UCAACUGUGGAAAGGGUCUUUACCAAUGUCACUACGGGAACUGUGGAUCUUCCCCCAGAUGGUGGGUAUGGUUGGGUUUGCUGCAUUUGCGCUCUAGUUGUCCUGUUCUCCACUUGGGGAAAUAACAGUGCUUUUGGUGUGUACCUGUCCUACUACAUAGACAAUGACGUCUUUCCUGGAGCAACACAACAGGACUUUGCCUGGAUUGCGGGAUUGAUUGUCUUUUUGGCACAGUUCUUUGCUCCAUUUGCAGUGAUAUCAGAAAGAUUGAUUGGAUUCAAGACCACUAUGUCCAUAGCCUGUGUUUUCCACUUUGUUGGUUAUCUACUUGCAUCCUUUGCUACUAAGCUGUGGCAUUUAUUUGUGUGUCAAGGUGUGAUUGUUGGUAUCUCAUACUCUUUCCUCUUUGUUCCUGCGUGCUCAAUUAUUCCAAAUUGGUUUUUGAAGAAAAGAGCCAUUGCAUCAGGAAUCUUAUGUUCGGGUACAGGUCUUGGUGGUAUGGUUUAUUCCUUGUCCAUCAAUGCCCUCAUCCAGAAAACCGGUGAUCAGAGAUGGUCUUUACGAAUGGUUGCAAUUGUCACAACUGUUUCACUGGCGAUUGCAAUCUUCUUUAUAAAGAAGAGGAACCAACCACCACGACAGAAGGUGAACUGGAUAAACUUUAGAGAUAAUCUGAGAGCAAUGUUCAGUACACAGAUACUAAAGGCACCACAACUGUGGUAUAUAACACUGUGGUUUUCGCUAGCCCUACUUGGUUACAACAUGACUCUAUUUUCGUUUGCGUCGUCUGCAACAGCAUUAGGGCUCUCACAGCACCAAGCCUCUGUUCUCACUGCGUUAAUCAAUGCAGCACAAGCAGUUGGUCGUCCCACUAUGGGACUCAUCGCCGAUGCCUAUGUCGGAAGAGUGAACUAUUCUAUCAUUCUGAAUAUCGUAGUUAUCAUUCUGAUAUUCGGAUUCUGGAUGGUGGCAAGGUCCUUUACCGCGUUGUUGCUGUGUGGCCUUUGCCUGGGGUUCACACUUGGCGUGGGAAAUGUAAUGAACUCUGUUCUAAUAGCAGAUGCAUUCAAGGCAGAGGACUUCGCUGCCGCUUGGUCAAUCCUUAAUAUGGUGAUGGCGUUCUUUGUUUUGUUCGUCGAAGUUAUUGCACUGUCAUUGAGGGAUAACUCUCUGUCGAAUCCCUUCCUCUAUGCGCAGAUAUUUGCCGGGUGCAUAUUCGUCGUCGCCCUACUCUUCCUCUUCCCAUUAAGAGAAUGGCAUAUCAAGGCCAUGUUGGGGAGAAGGCGUGCAGAGACUCAACGAGAGGUGGAAGAAGUACAAGGAAGGAAAGUCCUCUCUUUGCCUGUGAGCGAAGACUACGUUGUGAAGUUAGAUACCAAGCAGGAGAACUAUAACCACCUUUUGAGCGAAACACCACGUGGCUAUAUCAAGAGAACGCUGUAUCCUUUGAAAGUG